AACCAUACAAUUAACCCAAUUCAGACACUCUUAAUUCAGUUUCUUACAAAAUGUACAACAUCCCAGAACAAGUUUGGAUUUAACAAAGAAUCAUGGGCUCUCUCCUUCACUUUUCUACUAUACACCGUGUGUAUACAACCAAGUCCCAUCCCCAACCAAAAGAGGCAACCACGACACCAAUAUACAGUAUAAAUAUGGUGGGGGGUGCUGUGCUGUUUCACUCAAUGCUGCACACAGAAGAAGAUGGAAAAAAUCACAACAAUAUUAACCAAGUGGCUAAUGAAAUCACUGUUCCCCGGGGCAACAUAUUGCGGCGCAGCACUCGAAGCAGCCGAAACACGCUAGAGCCAUGCAGAGCUGGGUCAAGGCUACUGCGCAUUCGUUGUUCAUUCUGGAACAGCACUGGAUGCAGCACAUGCAGCAGCAGUUGCCGUACAGCCUCUCGCAGCAGUUUGAAGCCGCCUUGAUUAUCAUCUCGGCGGCCUCUGGCAACUUCGGUUGCUCGGCCCCUGGUGCGACUGGACGUAUAGGGAAGCUGUACGUAUGGUGUCAAAGAUGGCAUUACUUAUUACCUUGCGUCCAGCAGGGGAUGAUUCCGUGGAUUGGUGCACUCUCUGAGUUUCCAAUAAUGACAUGCGUGUGUAUUCAGAUGCAACUCCAGUUUCUAUGCUAAUUUUGGAAACCUGGCAGGUACCACUAGAGUUCAAAAUCACUGGGAUAGUAGUAAGCAUAUCAAGUUGUGGCUAUAUUCCUAUAAAAAGAGAGCUGUACCUUCUCCUCUAGCUGUUUGCUUGUUGAAAACCAUGCCUGGGCUGUUAGAAUAGCAAUCUGCUGCUUUGCAAAUAUCU